CGUGGCGGACUGAGGAUGCUGGACGUAGACUACGCGCAGUUUGAAGGGUCCCAAUAUGGCUAUAUGUUUCCCAGCGGCUGCAUCUAUGACCUGGACUCUUGCAAACAAGAACCCACGUUUCCUUCCUGCCUUGGAGACCCCGAGAGCUCCCCAGAGUCUUGCAUGAACUGGCUGGAGAUGCAGGAGCCUGGCUACGAAGGCUAUGAGGUGGGGCAGCUAGCCCAGCUGCAGAAUGUCCAAGUCUCCUACCUGCAUAGUUCUUACCCGCAGCUCUCCAUGGAUUCUGUCUACAGCCAGGAGGGAGUGGUACCCACGCAGAACAUGUGCCUCGCACCCAAGGAAGACUACAGCACCCAGAUCUACCUCCCCUACGAGCAGUACCCUCUUCCCAGGGAAGUGCCUAGCCCCUCGUCGGAAGAAGAGGAAUUCCACGGGGAGAGUCGGAACCUGGAGGUGUCCUCCGACAGCGACUUGGAUGAGAAUCUCUCGCCUGGUUUUGAUUCAGGCUCCCGACGGAAGUUACGCCUCUACCAGUUCCUGCUGGAGCUCCUCGAGCGCGGCGACAUGAAGGAAUGCGUGUGGUGGGUUCACCGCGACGCAGGGAUCUUCCAGUUCUCCUCGAAGCACAAGGAGCUCCUGGCGCAUCGCUGGGGACAGCAGAAGGGCAACCGCAAGAAGAUGACCUACCAGAAAAUGGCUCGGGCGCUACGCAACUACAGCAAGACAGGCGAAAUUCGCAAGGUCAAGAAGAAGCUCACCUACCAGUUUGGGACCACUCUGCUGGCGCAGUCGGCCACCUCCUAAACUCCCCCCACCAACCCGCUGCAAGAAUAUUGGGCUGGGGCCAUUAAUAAUGACUGGACCUCCAUUCUUUGCCUUCUCCAGACCACCCGCUUUCUGGUGCCUUCAACCAAAGGAUCUAGAUUGGGUGGG